CACCGUUUUAUGCGUUGAAAACGAUCUUCGGGGCAUUACAAGAUUAUUAAACAACACCAGAAACAUGAUAAGCGUUCGGAUGAAUAAUUUCAACGAAAAUUUCCUCAACGAAACCGAUGGAGAUCCGAACUCGGUGCUCAUCGAGCUGGACAAGGGCAUCCGGUCGAGUAAAAUCGGUGAUCAAUGCGAGGCGAUCAUCCGGUUCCCGAAACUGUUCGAAAAGUAUCCAUUCCCCAUCCUGAUCAACUCGUCGUUUCUCAAGCUGGCAGAAUUCUUCCGCAUCGGUUCGAACCUGUCCCGGCUGUGGAUACUGCGCGUAUGCCAGCAGACUGAAAAGCACCUCGAGAAGAUCCUAAACAUCGACGAGUUCCUGAAGCGCAUCUUCAUGGUGAUUCACUCGAACGAUCCGGUAGCGCGAGCCCUGACCCUUCGUAUGCUCGGUGCGGUUGCGUUCGUGAUUGCCGAGAAACAGCACGUGCAUCAUGCGAUCCGGAUGGCGCUCGACAGUCACGACACGGUCGAGGUGGAAGCGGCCAUUUUCGCCAGUGUCCAGUUUGCGGCCCAGUCGAAAACGUUUGCCGUUGGCAUGUGUUCGAAGGUGGCGUCGAUGAUCGAAAGCUUGCAAACCCCCGUCAACAUGAAGCUGCAUCUUAUCCCGGUGCUGCGCCAUAUGCAUCAUGACGCGAGUACGGCCGCUCUCGUGCGGGCCCUAUGUCGCGAUCUACUCCCCAAAUAUCCGUCGGAGCUGUUCGUGGUCGAAAUCAUCCGUUCGCUGUCGCAGCUGUCCUGCGCGACGCUGGUCGACAUACCGGAUCAGGUCGAUCUGCUGCUGGUGUACCUUCAGGAUCCUCGCAAGCGUGUCCAAUCCAUGGUACUGCUGUCGUUGAAGAAGCUCGCCGAAAAGGGAGCCUACCUGUGGCCGAAAACCGCCAUCAGUAGACUGCUCCAGCUGACGGUGCAGUGCAACAGCCAGAAUAUGGCGCUGGAUGUCAUCCUGACGCUGACCAAGUGUCCCCACACCUGCCACACGAUGCUGAACGAGGAACAGCAGCAGAUACUGGAGGUGUGCAAAAAGUGCCUCCUGAUGGAAAACGAAAGCGGUGGCCGGGCGAUGACGAUCUUGGCCAGCCUCAUCACGUACUGUCACACCGAGCGAAUCCCACCGCCUGUGCACGUGCUCGAGUAUCUAGACAUGCACCUGGAGUUCUUAAUCCAGUCAUCGUUGCAGGACAAAUCGUCCCUUAAGGACUUCCGCCUGUACCUCAAGUGUGGUGUUCAGUUGUCCAAAACGAGUCGCGAGUUUGGGGAAAGUUUCGCUGAGAUGAUCGCCGAGCUGCUAAGCGAAGAGUCAAACCAUUCCAGCAGUACCGGUCACUCUAAGCUGAUCUGCGAAGCGCUGGGUGCGAUCUGCUCGAACGUGAUCGUGUCGUGCGAUUUCUACAAGAAUCACACGCCAGGAGAUUCCGCUAGUGCAACUCCUGGCCCCUUUAGCUCGGUCAUGCAGCAUUUGUUGAAGAAAUUAGAAGUCCUAGCAAAAACGGGCAGUGGUGUGUUGGAUAAGGAGCGUGCCAAUAUCGUCGAACUGCUGGCGGCCAUUUGUAUGCAGGCGAUGCUGGGCUCGUUUAUGCCGGACAACGUCAUCGGCAUUUUCAUGCAGCUACUGCAUACGACCAACCCGUGGACCCAGUACCGGAUCGCUCGUUCGGCCUCACGCUACGGACAACACUUUCUAGCGGCGUUGAUCUACGAGAAGCUGUCCCGGAAUAUUUCCCUCGAAAAUCUACACUUCUAUCUGCUUGCGCUGAGCCAGAUAUCCAAGGCCGAAUGCAUCCUCAACCAUGGCCAGGAGUAUGAAACACUUACCCAGAAGCACAUCAAACGUGAACCGGGCCUGCAGGGUCCACCGCCGGCUGCAUCUGCCCUUUCGCUCAUCGACCGGCUCGAGAAGGCCAUCAAUCUUUACUGCACCGCCCUGUCCACGUUGAAGGCCAGCUCGUCCCAGCUACAUCCGCUCGGGUUUCAAUCGGAACUGAUCCGGCUACGCUGUACGUUCCUCGAGGUGCUGCACAGCAUCGUCAUCACGCGGAACACGCUCUGCAUAACGCCACCGUCGGAGAUUUCGCAAACGCUCGCCCAGAACUGUCGCGAUCCGCUGCAAAAGUACGGACACAUUACGAACCAGCUGAGGAAGCACGUGAAGCUGUUGAAAAACUGUGAGGAUGCGUACGGGCGGCUGUACAAGAGUUCGUUCGAUGCCGACCCGGGCACACUGGAACACCUGGAAGCGGUACAGCAUCUGUGCGCCACGCUGCAACUGUCAAUCGAAACGAUUUCCUUCAUCAAUCCCUCGGAAACAUCGAAGGUUGCCCCGCAAUCGAGCCACCCGGAGACGCGAUAUCUUUUGAGCGUGUGCCGUGCCGUCGGCAAGCAGCUUCUGACGAUCCCGGCCGAGGUUCCGGGUGGCACGAAAACGCUCACCCACGAGCACACGGACAUGAUGAUGCGGCAGAUCGAAACGGUCGUCAAGUCGUCACACUGUAUACCCCGAUUUUUCUUCCAGGUACUGCAGAAUACCUCCGUCAAGUUGGCCCUCACGCCGCAGCCGCGUGCCACCGGUGAGCCGGUGUUUGUGCAGCCGAACAGUCACCUUGUGGUGAAGGUUGAGGGUGUCAUCCAGCACAACGGACGCACACCGUCCCUGUUCCGGUCGAUCAACAGCAUCCAGCUGACGCUCAACUCGACGCUCAUGACGUCCCGGCCGAACGACGUGAAACUUCUGUCGGACAGCAUCACCCUCACGCAGGUCGUAAAACCACAUCGGGAUUUUCUCAGCGGAAGCUUCCUUAUUGCCCUCAAUAAUACGGCCCACACGUUCAACGGGGGUCCGGUCAGUUUGGGCGGCCAGUGGCAGCUGAACCUGGAGACGUGUAUCAUCGACGAUAAUGGGGUAAUGUGGCAGACCGGACCAAAGAGCACGCUACUGGUGCGCAUCCCGGAGGAUAAUCAUAAACAGACACUUGGGAUGCAAUCAGCUGUGCGGCGGUUUUAAAGUAAAACGAGCGAAUAUAAUCAUUCAAUUAUACAUGUAAUAGAUAAACUUAUGAUUUACCUCACAACGGUUAUUAAUAAAAAA